UUCCUGUGUCUCGUGAUUCUCAUCUGCUACGCUGCCUCUCACUAUGGGGGUUACUCGGCCGUGGCGAUCUGCGAACUGAUCUUCGCCGUGGUCUUUCUCGUGGUCUUCACGCUGCGCCUCGACCAGCAGUUCAAAGUGAUCAGCUGGGUCUGGAGUGAUUUAAUCCGCGCUGUGAUUGGUGCUCUGCUCUUUCUCAUCACCUCUCUGAUCUCUGUGAUUGGUGGAGGCGAUGGAGCCAGAAUAGCAGGAGGGGUGUUCGGUCUGCUCGCCGCAGUUCUCUUCUCCUAUGAUUCCUACAUCAGCUACCUCGCUAUCAAGACCUCCAAACACACGCCUACAGCUACUGAUGUUAACGACGAUGUUUAACCAAGCUGGCCAAAGAAAGAAAAAGAAAGAAAGAAAUGAAGAAAGAAGGCAAUUCAAUAAUAUAUACAGUGACACUCGCUGCCCUCUCCUCUCUCUUGAAUGGACAGAAAACUGAGUGAAACAAAGAAUUACUGCCUGUCACCCUUGCUUCCUUCCUUUCUACCCUCUCUCUCUCUCCCUCCCUCCCUCCAACCCUCUCCUAAUUUCUCUCUUCCCGCUUUCACAGUUUCUCCCCCCUUUCCUUUGUCAAAAGUCUACCGGAAGCUAGAACAGCACUACAGUAUUUCAUAUUAGAUUUCAAAAUGUCAGAUGCCAGUUUUUCAUUAAGCAAAUGGGUGUUUUAAUUCAGUAUGUUCACGUAACAUUAUUCAGCAGGGUUCAAUCAAAAGGAGUUCAUUCUAUAUAGAGGGUGCGGCUGUAUGGUUGAAACGUCUCACUGCAGUGUACAAUGUUUCAGUUGUUGAUGAUGCAUAGUUCACCCUCCCAGAUAAAAGCAUCUGCUAAGCUAAAUGACUAAUUAAUAAUAAUUACAGAGUGACACGCACAAAGUAACAUCCAUCCACACACACACACUUACACACACACAUACACCAUGUACAGAAUAAGGUAAGCUUAGACUAUGUGGGUAUUGAAUUUUUCUUUAUUCUGAUUAAAGUCUGGUUAAUAUAACCUGGCGUAAGCGAUUGUUUUUUAAUAGGGUUGGAAAUAAGACUCCCGUUGCAUAGCAGCUUCAUCCAUUCCUGGUUUUCACUGCGAGUUUAAUAAUAAGACGUACCUGAGCUUGUUGCCUAGACACACACUGGGGUAGUAAAACCUGGAGUGGCUGACACUGCUGUGCAAGCGGAGUCUGAUUUCUACCCGUUAUUGGACUUUGCCAGAGGGACUUGUUAGGGAUCUCGGUGCUGUGGCUGUUUUAAUGUUUACACGGUGUGCGUUUCAAACUGUUCACGUAACAACUGUACUUGUGAAGAUGUCAGAGUUCAGUAAAGAGCAGCUUUUACUUUC